AUGUCCUCUGCUACGUUGGUGGAAGCUACAGACGAUGGACUGGCCCUUGUUAAUGAUGUGGCAUCCAGCACUUCCUCCUACGUUCGAAGCCAUAAAGACAAUCCAGUGGCUUGGCAACAAUGGAGCACUGCCUCGAUAGACUUAGCGAAGAGAUUUAACCGGCUUAUCUUCCUGAGUAUAGGAUACUCCGCAUGCCACUGGUGUCAUAUCAUGGAGCAAGAAUCGUUUUCAUCGUCUGAGGUUGCUGAGGUACUAAAUGAGAACUUCAUCCCCAUCAAAGUUGAUCGAGAAGCUCGACCAGACAUCGACGAACUUUACAUGAACUACGUGACAGCGACUACUGGUUGUGGUGGAUGGCCACUGAACGUCUUCUUGACUCCCGAUCUUGAGCCUGUUUUUGGCGGCACUUACUGGCCAGGGCCUAGCAGCAAUUCUCUCCCAAGGCUUGCAGCACGAUCAGAAGAUAUGCUUACUUUCUUGGACAUUCUUGAAAAAAUCAAAGAAGUGUGGAACACGCAGCAGCAGCGCUGUAUUCAAUCGGCAAAGGCCAUUUCCCAGCAAUCAAGAGAUUUUGCAGCAGAAGGAGGCCAUUCCGACGCUUCAGAUAUAGAUACUGGAGAGCCAGAACCAUUAGACAUAGAUAUCAUGGACGAUGCAUUUGACCACUUCAUGUCCCGCUACGAUCCUAUUCAUGGCGGCUUCAGUUCAUCAAGUUCUGCACCCAAAUUUCCAACACCACCGAACCUUACCUUCCUUCUCCGAAUUGGCGCGUCAGUCGCGUCUACCAGUACUCGCUUUGGCUUCCCUAGCCCGAUUCCUUCCAUCCUAGGUGAAGGAGCCUGUACAUUAGCUGCUUCCAUGUCCCUCCAUACUCUGCUUGCCAUGUCUCGAAGUGGGCUUCGUGAUCAUUUGGGCUAUGGCUUUCACCGCUAUUCAGUUACAUCUGAUUGGAAUCUUCCCCAUUUCGAAAAGAUGCUCUAUGACAACGCGCAGCUGCUUUGCUGUUAUUGCGAUGCUUGGGCGUUGUCCCGUGAUCCUGAGAUACUGGGAACAAUUUACUUUUUGGUAGAGUAUCUUACAUCUCCCGACUCACCAAUUGUCCACACCGAAGGCGGCUUUUUUGCAAGCGAGGAUGCUGAUUCCGCGUCCACGAAAGAUGCGGCAAGAGAAGAAAAACGGGAAGGGGCAUUCUACGUCUGGACACUCAAAGACAUACAAGCCACGCUUCACUCUGAGCGUGAUGCUAAUAUUCUCGCAAGCCAUUAUGGUGUUCUAGCCAAUGGCAAUGUGCCGUAUGAAAAUGAUCUGCGCGAUGAGUUCAUGGGACAGAAUGUACUUCAUACCGCCUGUACUCCAUCUGUGCUUGCCAAAGAAUUUGGACUUCCCGAACAAGAAAUUGUGAAAAUCAUAAGAGACGGGAGACAGAAACUGAGAGCACAUCGAGAACUAAAGAGAGGGAGACCUGACGUAGAUGAGAAAAUACUGACAGGGUGGAAUGCACUAGCAAUUGCGGCCUUGUGUCGUGCUAGCACUACCCUUGGGGACGUUGAUGGAGCUAAGAGCGAAAGCUGCAAGGCGGCAGCUUUGAAGGCUGCGUAUCUGAUGCGGAAAACCAAUUACGACCACGACACAAACACAUUGAAAAGAUAUUCUUCUCCAACAUUGUCUAAGAAAUCUGAGAGCACUCCCGCCUAUAUUGACGACUAUGCAUACAUGACGCAAGCUUGUCUUGCAUUAUACGAAAUCACUUUUGCAGAGGAAUGGUUGGAAUGGGCAGAUGGGCUGCAGAAUCAUUUGAACAAUCAUUUCUGGUCUCCAACGGGAGGGUUCAACCUUGUUUCUACACAACCAUCGUCAGCCCAAAAUAGUGGUGAAGAAGCACAAAGCGCGAUGUUCGUGAACAUCAAGUCAGGAAGUGACAAUGCGCUUCCUUCACCGAAUGGGAUCAUAGCUUCUAAUCUGUUACUACUUUCCUCGUAUCUCGAGGAAGCCAAGUAUAAAAAACGAGCCAAGCAAACGAUAGAUGCCUUUGCUAUUGAAAUUAUUCAGCACCCGUUUCUAUAUGUCAGCAUGUUGAGCGCCAUCGUUCUGGAGGUUGUUGGUGUUACGAGUGUUGUGGCUAUUGGCGAUACCACAGUGCAUCAUUUCGGCGGCUUUGGGAGGACAGUAAUCAGGAUUGACGAAAGUCAAAGACAGUGGUGGCUCAUGGAGAGGAACCAGGCUCUAAAAGGUCUCAAGCCGGGAGAAGGGAGGACAAAUCGAGUAAUGAUUUGUGAAGCUGGCACAUGUCGAGAGAUGAAGGACGGAGAACUCGGUGCAUAUGGUGAGCAGACUUGA